AUGGGGGGCGGCAAGGGCAAGAACAAGUCCGGCGGCGCGAAGAAAGCGUCGAGGAAGGGCUCCGGCGGCGGCGGAUCCGGCGGCGGUGGCGGCGACGCGCGCGGCGGCGGCGCGUCCGGUCGCCUCCCCGGGUCGUCGAAUCCGCGCGGCCGGCUCGCGCUGCGCGACGUCACGCGCGGGACCGCGGCGUCGCGCGACGCGUUCGUCGCGUUCGUCGCCGACCGCGUCGGCGCGGAGGACGCGGUGCCGCUCGUCGCGAGCCUCGCCGCGAUCCGAGAGAACGUCGAUCGCAACGCGCCGCCCGGGCACGUGAGAGACGCCGCCGCGCGAUGGCUGCGCGCGUUCGAGAAGAUCUCGCUCGACGACGACGACGACGACGACGACGCCUCGAUGACCGCGCGGGGAGACGAGAAGGCGCGCGCGCGCGGAGGGCAGCGCGAUUCGCCGUCGUCGCCGCGGACGCCGUCGCCGUCGCGCGAGGGCGUCGCCGGCGCGGUCGCGGACGACGCCGCGCGCGGUCCGACGCCGAGCGCGCGCGACGACGGCGACGACGACGACGACGACGACGACGCGUCCCCGUCCGCGUCCGAUGACUUUUCGGACGAAGAGUCGUCGUCGUCGUCGUCGGACGGAGGCGCCGCCGACGACGACGACGACGACGACGAUUUAUACGACGCGCGCGCGCGCGCGGAGGAGGACGCCGACGCGCGACGACUUCGCAUCGGCGACUUCGUCGUCCUCGACCGCGACCACGGCUGCGCGACCGCGGCCGCGACCGCGGCGACUUCCGCGGCGGGUGCGACGGCGACGGCGGCGACGACCGCGCCGCCGCCGGCGCUGACGCUGACCGCGCGCGUCUCCACGCGCGAGGAGUGCGCGGACUUCCUCCGCCGCGGCCUGGCGGAAUUCGACGAGCGCGACGACGACGAGCUCGAGCGCGACGUCGCCGCGACGUCCGGGGGCGGCGCCGGUCGAUCGCCGACCGCCGCGCCCUACCCGUCGCCGCCGACGGCGUCGGAGGCGUCGAAGGCGUUCUUCGCGACGACGCCGAGAUGGAACCCCGUCCUCUUCGGCGCCAUCGCGCGCGCGUCGUACGUCGAGGCGUCGCAGCACAGACAGAACUUGUGCAACUUUAACCUGGAGUGGCGCAGGGACCACGCGAAGAUCGCGGGGUUGCAUCAGACCGCGAUCAACGCGGGCGCCAAGUUUGCGAACCUGCCCAACGCGUGCGUCAAGUGGCUCAGGCUCGACAACGCCGUGCGACGACUGCAGCUCAGGGUCUCGGGGAUUCGGUACGAGAUGACGCUCUUGAGGGACGUUCACAGGCGACGCGAGAUGGAGAUCAAGCACCGGUUCGACAGGGAAGCGAACGGCGACGGAAGAGACGGCGGCGGCGAAAACGCCAACGCCAACGCCAACGCCAACGCGGCGGACGGUGCCGGCGCCGGCGGCAAACCCCGCGAACGCGGCGUGGGAAGAAUCGAGGGCGGCAAAAAGCUGAAGGCCCGCCUCCACGCCGCGCUCGCGGCGCUGAAGGAGGAGACCGCCGCGAUCGAGCAGGACAUCCAGAACCGCCACCACGCCCUCGGCGACGACAACGCCGAGUCGCUGUGCGCGCUCGCGACGGACGCGGUGAUGGCGUACAACGCGCACCUCGCGACGCUGGAGUGCGACCACGUCCACGAAGUGCUCCGCGGCGCGCGCGCGGAGGCGGAGUCCGCGGAGGAGGAGGGGGAGAAUCGCGCGGACGACGACGACGACGACGACGGGACUGCCAGGACGCUGCUGAGGACGGACGUCGCCCCCGGAGGGUGGCGCGACGCGGGCGUGGACGGCGACGGCGAUCGCAUCGAGGACGUCUGCGGCGGCGGGCGGGGGGGGCGCGGGCGCGGAGCGGGUCGGCCGCCGCGCGAGGGAGGCAGCGGGGGCGGCGGGGGUGACGGCGACGGCGACGGCGACGACGCGAAGCGCGCGGCGGCGAUGGCGGCGGUGGACGCGGCCGUCGCCGCGGCGAACGCGGGGGGACCCGGGCGCGACGCCGCUGACGCCGCCGCGAGCGCGAUUCUCGCCGCCGCCGAGGCGAAGAAGCACUCGAACGCCUCAUCGAGCGCCCGCCCCGACGCGUCUUCUAUCGCGACGCCAGGGGCCCCGAAGGCGCCUCCGAAGAGCGCGGAGGUGGAGCGGUUUCUCCGCGACGCGCGCGAACGCGACGCGCGGCGCGAGGAGAUGCUUAAAGCGCGCGGCGAACGCGCGGACGAGCUCUACUCCGUCAUGCGACGGUGGAACGAGAGCGGCGAGAAGCUCAAGACGGGGGGGUGGAGCCUCGCGGGUCUCGUGCGGCACAUCGACUGCAUCGAUCGGAACGCGCUGCGGUGGCUGAUCGACUGCCGCGCGGAAGCGCGCGAUGCAGAGAUGGAGGAGCGCGAGAGGCGCGAGGAGGCGAAGCGCGAGCGCGCACAGCUGUGCGCGGACGCGACCGCGACCGCGACGGACGAGACGCGCGCACAGCUGUGCGCGGACGCGAACGCGACCGCGACGGACGACGACGCCGACGACGAAUACCGUUCUUCGCCGGCGGCGGUCGCCAUCUUCCCCAAGAAACUCACCGAGGAGAUCGCACACACGCUCACGCUCUUCAGCGACGCCGCGAAGCGCUGGCGAGGAGAGAUCGUCGCCGCGAACGACGCGAUACGCGCCGACGCGCACGACAUCGUCGCCAAGGUGAUGUUCGAGCAGACCGUCGCGGUCGCCGCGGCGGCGUACGCGGAGCACGAGCUCUCGCGGCACAUGGACGAGCUCGCGGACUUUGGCGAGGAGGAGAAGGCGGGCGCCGCGACCGCCGCGAAGAGCGCGAGGGCGGCGAAGGCGAAGGCGAAGGCGAAGGCGAAGGCGAAGGCGGCGGCGGGGAUCGAAUCGGCGGCGGCGGCGGCGGCGGCGGAGGAGGAGGAGGAGGAGACCGCCGCGGAAGAGGAGGAGGCGGAGGCGGCGCUUCCCGCCGCGGCGCCUCCUCCCCGGUCGGUCGUCGCUUCAACUGAGAUCGUCCCCGCGGCGCCGCGCGAGUAUCGCGGCGGCGAGGACGACGACGACGGGUGCGUCGGCGACGACGAGAGCGGCGGCGAGAGCUCCUGGAUGACCGCGAGCACGAGACGGGGGUCGAAGCGCGCGGCGGCGGCGGCGGCGGCGGCGGCGACGACCACGGCGACGACGCGCGACCGUCCGAGGGUCAUCACGAAACGCGCGCCGCCGCCGCCGCCGCCGCCGCCGGGCGCGUCGACCGCCGCGGUCGCGAACGCGGCCGCGGAGGCGGCGUUGAAGGCUGCGAACGUCGCCGCCGCGGCCGCCGCGGAGGCGUCUGCGAAGGCGAGGGAGGCGGAGCUCGCGGUGCGCGCCGCGCGCGAGGGGCGCGGCGGCGGCGGCGGCGGCGGCGGCGGCGGCGGCGGGGGAUCGGAAAUCGCCCCCGCGUGCGCCUCGGACGGCCAACGCGCGACGACGCCGCGGUCGCCGCUCGUGCACGACUCCGCGGACGAGCUCUACAGCUGUGGGAGCAGCGCGAGCGGCGAUCACGACGACGACGAGCGCGGAGGGAAGGGGAAACGCGGCAAGGGCGAAGGCGGGGGCGAGGCGUCGCCGCCGCGCGCGAAGCGUUCGACGACGACGACGACGACGACGAGAGCCGCGGCGCCUUCGCCCGCUCCCGCCGCCGCGCAGCGCGAGACCGCGCGCGACCGCGCGGCUCGACUCGCGGAGUUCCCGUCGCUUCCCACCGCCGCGAAGACGACGACGACGACGACGACGGCGACGCCGGCGCCGGCGGGUUCGAGUUCGGGUUUCGCGUUGUCCGCGUCCGCGCCGACGUUUGAUCCCGCGCGCGCGGCUCGGUUCUUGAAAGCGCGCGUGGACGCGUCCACGACGACGACAAACACGACGAUGGGUAAAGACGAGCGCGCGAAACGAACGACGACGAACUGA